AGUUCUACCUGAUGAUCGCGCCGCGCGCACGGCAGCGCGCACGACGUCAAUCCGGCCGACUCGAGCAGCUUCCUGGUCCGGGAGAGUGAGACACUAUCGCGAUAGACGGACAAGUCUCUCCGUGAGCAGUUCCGCGGCGGGGGCCUGACGCUGGAAUGCAAGACUACAAGUUAUUGAGCCAAAACAACGAACAACAAGCGACGAGCCUCGGCGCAGCGUCUCAGAGACACACCCCAGCCUCCCCCCGGGAGCCAGCGAUGGUCCAGGCCACGAGGGAGCCGCUUCGCGUGUGGGGAUGAGACGAGCUCGGUUCCUUCCCCUCCUGCGGCUGCGUUGGGCUCGUUGACUCUCCGCGUGUGGGGCUCAGGAUGGCGCAGGGAGGCUCUCAGCUCGACUACCACAUCCUGCAGGAUCUCAAGCAGCGUUUCCCGGAGAUCCCAGAAGGGGUAGUGUCACAGUGCCUGCUGCAGAACAACAACAACCUGGAUCUCUGCUGCCACCUGCUGGCUCAGGAAAGUAACAGAUACCUGUACGGGGAGUUUCAUCACAGUCCGGACGAAGGGCGACUUAGCCGAAACCACAUGCUGCACAUCAGUCUGGGCUACCCAGGCUCAGAGGCAAGUAAGACGAAUGGAGGAGCAGCAGGAGCGGGACGCUCCCUAGUGCACAGCACGAGUGACAGUCACAUCGAACCCCAGCGGCCGAGCUACCCCGAGCCACUGUCGGCCCCCGCCACCAUGGCCCCCUCCCCUGGUUACAAUCCUUUCUUCAUGAACGAUCAGAGCCGCUCGGCGAGCACUCCCACUCCUCCACCCUCAAUGCAGGGCAUGUCUCCCACGUACUCUCCCAUCCCACGUUACACUAUGAACCCUAUAACAGUCACUCUUUCACAAAGUAUACCCAAUGUCCCACAGGCUCUGCAGAUCCCUCCUGGGCACUACCCUAACAGCACCAACACAACCCUGUAUAUUCGGCCAUCACCCUCCCAGAGCCCACAGCCAGCGCCCUGGUCCUCCUCGGGGGCCCCUGUCUAUCAGCAUCAGCAGUCCCCCUACAGUACUCCCACAUAUGGCUCACCUUACAGUUCCCCACAGCAUCAGGUCCAGCCACAGCCCCAACCACAGCCCCAGCCGCAACCCCAGCACCAGCAGUAUGUUUUCCUUCCUAUUAACUCCCCAACACUUCCCAGCAUGCCCUACCAUCACCAGCAACAACCCCAGCAACAGCCAGCUGUUUACAGGCCCUACCACACAAAAGGCUCUCUAAAAAACCAGAUAGAGAUUACCCUGGAGGGUCCACGACCACGCAGCAACUCGCCUGUGCACACCCCUCACCCCCAAGGAGCACUUUACAUGGCCUCCAGCCCCUCCCCCAGCUCCCCUUCGAGGGGCAUCACUAUGAGUGGACCUCCAGGCCCAGCAGCCUUUCACCCUGGGAUGUACCUGCAGCACCAGGGCCCCGCAAGGCCUCGGCCCACCUCCUCUCCUCAGCCAGGCCAGGCGGCCUACACUUUCAAGAUCAAAGUUUCCCCCGGCGGCCAGGCCCAGAGGCCACUCAGCUCACCUCCUGUGGCCGAGUCUCUUCUCAACAUAGUAGACCAAGGGGAACACAACGCUGCCCCUGCACCCAUCCUGCCCAUCUCCGCUCUACCAGGGAGCAUUACCAAUCAGUUUCAGCAUAUGCCCAGACGCACUAGCUCAGGCUCUGAUGACUAUGCCUACACGCAAGCUCUCCUGCUCCACCAGCGGGCCAGGAUGGAGCGUCUAAUGAAGGCACUGAUGCUGGAGAAGCAAAAACUAGAGCAGCUCAAGGCCGACGUCAACAACAUGGAAUAUGACGCCCUGCAGCGACGCUUCCGACGAGUCAAUUCGACCAGUCUCAUACCCAGACCUGAAGAAAUGACCCGAUUGCGGAGUUUGAACAGACAGCUUCAGAUUGAUAUCGACUGUACCCUGAAGGAGACGGAUCUACUGCAGUCAAGAGGGAAGUUUGACCCGAAAGCAAAGAACAACUUUUACGACAACAUUCAGCCUGGUCCAGUUGUGCCGCCGAAACCUGGAAAGAAAGACGUGGAGCAGGGCUCCAAGCCAGUGCCGAGGCCUCAGAGGGAUGAGGACUUUGAAGGCGCCCAGUGGAACUGUGAAAGCUGCACCUUCCUCAACCACCCUGCACUCAACCGCUGUGAACAGUGCGAGAUGCCGCGCUACACCUGAGCUUAGGUCUGUGCUGUAUUUCCCGUCCCCUGCCAAUCCUCGGAUCCCAUUAGCCCCUCCGGCCCUCCAGAAUCUGUCAAGAGGUCUUUCCUGGUCAAUCAAUACGAGUCCCUCUUACCUGCUGAGGAAGAGCCACUAACCUCCACUUCCCACUUGUCCUGUUCCCAUCUACUACUCCAGUGCACUUCGACCCUUAUUUCUGUUGGCGGAUCAUGAUUUUUUUCCCCCCCUCGUCCAGCUGGAGACUCUACACAUGUCAUAUGUAUAAAGGAAGGAGUGACAUGCUGCAACUCUGGUAGUGGUUGGGGCAGGUGGGUGCUUCUGAAAGGUCAAAACAAUUGGGGUUUUAAUGAGGAGGAGCUACGGUCUACCGAGCGAACAUUCCACGCAGAAUGAGUGACUGCCCCGUUUACACAACUGUGUCCAUUCCUGAACUCAAAAUGGAGGAAUCUCCACUUUCCAGAACCUGUAACUCGCUCUGUGACAGUGGAUUAAUGAAAGCAAUGGUAUAUAAGUUCUGACUAAUGCGAAAUGUAGACUGUACACUGUAUCUAGCUCUGUAUUAGAGCUCAUUUCACUGAGAACACUAAAGACAAUUGCAUCAAAGUAUAUUCCUGGUACUUUUAUGCAAAUCAUGCCACCCUGUAUUAUGUGUCCAAGAGAUGUCGAUUUCCUGUGCAAAUGCCUCAACUUGCUGUACUUAAUAAAGGAGCUGAUUCUAUGUGACUCGA